CGGAGGGACGGUUGACUGCUGGUCCUGAAAUCAGCUCAGAGCCCGGAUACAAAAACCAGGAGCGUCGCUGUUUUAGCAGCUUAGUUCUCCCGCAUCUGCUGUGCGCUGGAACUUUAUCAUUUACUGACUGUAAAUUUGACUGUUUAGACCUGCAACUUAUUAGAAGCAGAGAGACCACUUGGAUAACGCGCCUAUUUGUUCUGCCCACCUCCCUGCCUUACUGUGACUGGUGUCAAAGGUGAUGGUAUCAUUUUCUAACACAGGACUCCUCUCCAGGUGAUGGUAUGUCUUUCUGGAGAUAGGGACCACUUUCGGAAACGUGCUAGGUUUUCUUCAACUAGGCCUGCUAUUUUUUCUGCUGCUACCUUCGCUUUGGCUCAAGCAUGGCUCUCUACUCUCGGUUUGUGGUCGUGCUGCUUUACGGAUGGAGUUAUCUGUGCGUUGGAUACUGCGCGAUGCUGAAAACGGACAGUUUCCCCGAGAGACGAAAGGUGGAUUUUACGCAUUCGUUGGAUAAAAAGCACCCUGCGAAAGACGACCAGGAUCUGCUUUUACAGGAUACAAUGACGGAACACAUGCAGAUGCUUUACGCCAAGUACAACCGAGCUGGAUUUCCCUUCAAGGACGGCAACACUGUCCGCAGUUUCAAAGCGCACUGGGGUACAAUAAACAAGAAGCAGCUGCAGAUUUUCAACCUCACCUCUCUUACCAAGUCAGAGGACGUUCUGUCAGCCACUCUUCAUUAUUACAUCGGAGACCUUCAGAACAGCACCCAGGGCUGCUCCAGGUCCAAAAGCUGUGGCCGCCAUGGCCCCCGGAGACACAGCCACAUCCACAUGGUCAUCUGGAGUUUCGCCUCCGUGGAUAACAAGAUGAGGACUCUGGGACACUUUCGGAUCAAUGUGUCCACUCUCUACAGGGACUUCAUAUCUUGGCAAUGGAAGGACAUAACUCGUGUGGUCAACCAGGCCAAAAACCAUGACGAGCUGCUCAUUGGGAUUGAUGUUGCUUCACAGGGGCCCCAGCCGUGGAAGAAGCUCUUGUCAGACCGCUCACCCUACAUCCUGGUCUACGCCAACGACUCUGCCAUUUCAGAACCGGAAAGCGUGGUAGCCACCCUCCAGAGACACCACCCGGUGGGAGGAGAAGGCUCCAUGUCACACAGCUUCCAAAAACUGGGACUGCGUGAGCGAAACAGUACUGAGCAAGAACAGCCACAGCCCAGACACAAGCGCUCGGUGAACGUUCUGCUCCCCUUGCAAAACAAUGAACUCCCGGGGCCCGAGUAUCCGUACGAGACGACCGGGUGGGAUGAGACGAGCCCAUACGAACCUUUUGAAAACAAGCAGGCCCGUCGGCCACGCAAAAAGACGCGCAAGAAUCAGCGGCACAAGAUGCCCCUCCUGCAGUUCGAUGAGCAGACGAUUAAAAAGGCGCGAAAGAAGCAGUGGAACGAGCCCAGGAACUGCGCUAGGAGAUACCUGAAAGUGGACUUUGCUGACAUCGGUUGGAGUGAAUGGAUUAUAUCACCUAAGUCGUUUGACGCCUACUACUGUUCAGGGUCCUGCCAGUUCCCCAUGCCAAAGGCUCUGAAGCCCUCUAACCAUGCCACCAUCCAGAGCAUAGUGCGGGCAGUGGGCGUCGUCCCGGGCAUCCCCGAGCCGUGCUGUGUCCCCGAGAAGAUGUCUUCCCUCAGCAUCCUCUUCUUUGACGAGGACAAGAACGUGGUGCUUAAAGUCUACCCCAACAUGACUGUAGAUUCUUGCGCCUGUAGAUAGUUUUUUUCCCCCCUUCAACGCCUGUUCACAUAAAACUCAUGUCAUCCAGAAAAGAAAAAAAAAAAAUCAACACAUGCAGCCAGAACGACACCCUCUCCUCCUGUUUCUUUACUGAUGCGCUCACUUCACAUACAAACACCCAUUGAAAGCAACUUACCUUUUGCACUGGAGGAGGGUACUUCCUGUUGUUCCAGGUGAAGAGGAGACUGGUCUGUUCAUGGGGAGGAAUGGAUCACGUGAGUUAUCCUCGUGGAAGAUAACUGGGAUGGAAAGUCAAAUCUCCAUGCUCCAGCGUCUCCGCCGGCACCACUGUUUUAUCUUUCACUGUCAAGAUAUACAAAUACCAACGAGGCACGAGAGAGACUAAAACUGAAGGAAAAAUCACUUUUCAGGAAAAAUGACCUCAGUUUGAACUGCUGCCUCUGAGGGGGGCCAUUCUCAUCUUCCUCUCCUUCAUAGCUUGAAGUUGUCUUUGGUCAUUACCACAAAGUCAGACUCGCACUUGCAUGGUUUUUGUUACUAUGUGUAUGUAUUUAUGUCUGUACUAUCACUGUGUUAUUCACUAUAUGAGAAGUUAUUGUAUAAUUAUUGGCUUGGCUGCUAUAGAGAGAUAUAUUAGAUUCCAAAGCCAGAAUUAUGAUGUAGGCGGUACAAUAGAUAGCCGUACGUGUUUGUGUUAGUUCACUGCUCCAUCAUUGUACAGAACCCACAUUUUAAGAGUUUAUUUUAUGCGGAGGAGUAAGCUACCUUUCAUUUGUGGUCUUCAUUAACAUUUGGAAUGAGGAGUUUUUGAGGACACCUAUUAUGCCAGUGCUUCGCCAAGAAAACGUUCAAGCUUUACAAAUAAACUUCAGAUGUAGUUUUGAUAGAUAAAGGGAUAAAGCAUAUCAAAAUGAGAAACUACUAUGUUGAACAGGGGCUAUCACCAUGUUUUUACUGCAAGUGUAAAACCACAGGACUCACAAAGCCACUUGAUGCUUGUGUGAAAACCUCGAAAGCUUUGUUGGACCCGAUAAGUUCAGAAAGACUUGGCAGGCAUCGAGGAUUAAUACUAGUGGUUUCUGUGAGCCUGAUAUCAGGCUGAACUCAUUUGUUUUAAGCAUCGUUAAAGUUCAGAACAUGUUGCCAUUACAUAAUGUGCAAAAUGAUGUAUCGUAUUUACAGCAUAGAAUGACAUUAAUCAGUAUCAAGUCCAUAUACACGGCUGGUCUGGAAUCAGUUUUGCUUUACAUAUCCUUAAGGCUCAUAAUUUUUGUUCUGUACCAGUUUUCAUUGAAAAUACCCUAAUAUUCUUGAAGGUUGAUAUUGGUUAAAAAAUCUGACUUUCUCCUGGAUGUUAUGUUCUUAAACAUUUAAAAGCUGUUGUGUUUCCAGCUCCAGAAAAAAAACUCUUCACUGUAGUUUACAGUAAAGGGGGUCUUCUGGUGGCAAGGACAGCUCAUAAAGAAAUAGAAACUAAAGAUGAGAAAACAGAAAUGAGCUAUGCAUAAUGCACAUUUUGUCCCUAAUAGUAACUCUAAAUUGUGCUGCCCGGAUUUUAAAAUCCAGUUUUCACUCAGAUGUCUUCAUCUGAUUUCAAUCAAAUUCCCAUUAUUUCAAAAUAAAAACAAAAAUGAUGAGCAAUACAUAUAAUAUAUUGAAAGAUCAGGGAGAGCUGAUCUGUUUUCCUGGCUCGCAUAAGCCUUUAAUGUUACUGUAUGGAGUAGAUUUCAUAUCAACCAUAAGGGGUGUGUUAUUUGAUCACAUGUACUUUGCAUCAGGUCAGCAUUGAACAACAGGCAGUUAACAUGUCGAAACGUUGCUUUGGUUUGUCAGACUUCAGAAAACCACAUAUUUAUUCAGAGCAAAUAGACUGAAACAUAGCAGCAAACCUUUUUUCUAUAGACUUGUACAUUGUUUUUGUAUAUAGCUCACAAUAUGUUGAUGACAUUCUGUUGUCUCUUUGAGAUAGAAGUGCCUUUUGAAUGGGUGGAUUUCUGCUUUUCCAAAAGUUUGAUUUGAUUCAUCGCCUGUUCAGAGGCGCUCAGUCAUUCAGAGAACUGAGCUUAGUUUGCAAUGAAGCUCAAGUCAAAGCAAGCAGCUGAAAAUAGUUUUUUAUGGUACAAAAUAGUCUACAGUGAGUGAACAUAGUGCAUAUUCUUUUGAUAAGUAUGAUUGCCAGUGGAAUUUAUUCUAAAAUGUUUUUCAAAUAAUUCACUAUUUUGAUAUUUCAGAGACAUUUAUUUUGUGUCAAUAGCUAAGGGCAGAUUUUUUUAACUUUAUAUAUUUUGUACUGACACUUUUUUCCAGUUUGUGCUUCCUCAGCUUGUGCCAAUACAGAUUUCAGCAAUUCAUGCUGUGGAACGGAGCGGCUUCCUCUGGUCGUGCCAGCACAACAUUGCAGACAUGACGACUGCUUCCGAGUCGUUUUUGGAGGCUGUGCUUUUUGCUGCAUUUAAGAGUCAACCCGUUUCUGAACUUCACUAAUGUCUUUAAGAGAGCAAGUAUCAAAUAUACGGUGCAGUGUAUCAGCAGUUUAUCAGAGCUUACUCUACUUCACUGUUCAAUCCUAUCUUGUAAAUGUUACGCUGUAGGUAAAAAAAAGAAAUGCUUGUACAAUAAGCUUCAUAAAAAUAUAUUUGUAUAUGGAAAUGACCUUUAACAUGCAUCUAUUUAUUAUCUGUAUGUUGCAUAUCUUGUAGAGGUGUGGUCUGGGAAAAGGGGGAUCAAAGCUCUGACAUGUCGAUGGUCUUUAUAUCUGUGAUGGACAAUUGUCGCUACUGAUGUGAACUGAAGUGUGUUUAAAGGUCCCCCCCCUCAGAGCUCUGACCAUCCUUGCGAAGCAUUCAAAGAAAUGAAUAAACGUAUGCAA